AAGAGCAGUCUUGUACCGCAAGCAGAACAUAAUAAGAGAGGGAAGGGAAAGUGGAGAAGUGGACUGGUUGUUCUCAUAAUUGCAAACUCCAAAGCUUAUCAAAAUCAAAAACCAACAAUUCCUCUCAUUUCCACCGCCACAAACCACUACUGUCACCACCACACCGCCACCCAAAAACAACCCAACUGAAAGAAAAAAGGGUCGAUGCCGCCAAACCAAGAGCAACAACCAUUGCUCACCAACAGACCACCCGAUUGCGACGAAAACGAGGUACGAGAAGAAGAAGAAGACGAAACAGCCUACGAAACCACUGAGAAAGUCCACAUCAUCGGCAUCAACGAUGAUGACUGCGUCGACUGGGCCAAAACGCCGCCGUUUUCGUGGAAGAAGCUGUGGCUCUUCACUGGGCCUGGGUUCUUGAUGAGCAUAGCGUUUCUCGAUCCGGGAAACCUAGAGGGGGAUCUUCAAGCCGGCGCGAUUGCUGGGUACUCUCUGCUUUGGCUCCUUUUGUGGGCCACGGCUAUGGGGCUUCUGGUUCAGCUGUUGGCGGCGCGGCUCGGCGUGGCUACGGGUAAACACUUGGCAGAGCUGUGUAGAGAAGAGUACCCGAAAUGGGCUCGGUGGUUGUUGUGGGUGAUGGCGGAGGUUGCGCUGAUUGGGGCGGAUAUUCAGGAAGUGAUUGGGAGUGCGAUUGCGAUUAAGAUUUUGAGUAAUGGGGUUGUUCCUCUUUGGGGUGGUGUUGUUAUCACUGCUUGUGAUUGUUUCAUUUUUCUAUUUCUUGAGAACUAUGGUGUGAGGAAACUGGAAGCGGUUUUUGCGGUUCUUAUUGCAACGAUGGCACUGUCAUUUGCUUGGAUGUUUGGUGAAACAGAGCCCAAUGGAGUAGAACUUCUUCUUGGUCUUUUAAUUCCAAAACUUAGCUCUAAAACAAUACAACAGGCAGUGGGUGUUGUGGGUUGCAUUAUUAUGCCUCACAACAUAUUUUUGCACUCUGCUCUUGUACAAUCAAGAGAGAUUGACCGGUGCAAGACUGGUCGUGUUCAAGAAGCCCUAAACUACUACUCCAUAGAGUCCACUGUUGCCCUCACAAUCUCUUUCAUGAUCAAUCUAUUUGUUACUGCCGUGUUUGCCAAAGCAUUUUAUGGUACUGACAUAGCCAAUAGUAUUGGGCUCGUAAAUGCGGGACAGUACCUUCAAGAGAAGUACGGGGGAGGGAUACUCCCAAUUCUGUAUAUUUGGGGCAUUGGCUUAUUAGCAGCUGGCCAAAGUAGCACGCUCACAGGUACUUAUGCUGGGCAGUUUAUUAUGGGAGGCUUUCUGAAUUUGCGGUUGAAGAAAUGGCUUAGGGCUUUGAUAACGAGAAGUUGUGCUAUUAUCCCGACUAUGAUUGUUGCUCUUGCUUUUGAUACCUCCGAGGACUCGUUAGAUGUUCUCAAUGAAUGGCUUAAUGUGCUUCAGUCGGUUCAGAUCCCUUUUGCGCUUAUUCCCCUUCUUUGUUUGGUAUCCAAGGAGGAGGUCAUGGGUAUUUUCAAAAUUGGCCCGGUCCUCAAGAUGGUUUCAUGGCUCGUGGCCGCCUUGGUGAUAGUGAUCAACGGGUACCUUUUGCUGGAAUUUUUCUAUUCCGAAGUAAACGGAUGGUUACUAAGCUCCGCAGUAUCUGCUUUUACAGCUGCAUACCUUGCAUUUAUCAUAUACCUCACAACCCGGAGCAUUACGUUUUCUAGCUGGCUUGGCUUUUUACAUACCAAGAGGAUCACAAACACACAAAAUUGACCAAUCUCGUUCCAACACCAGCAUCAAAUGUAAAUUAUUAAAGCAUGCUGUAUGACCAACAGUCGGCUGCUAAACUGCUUUUGCAUUGCGAAGCAUAUACUUCUGACGUUUAUGCAUAUAGAUGUAUCUGGGGAUUAAUCGUGUACAAGUCUGAAGCAGCCGAUUACUGUAGAUCCUGUGUGUGAUGUGAAACGAAAAUGAAAAGUUGUAAUUUUUUUUUACUUAUUUUUUACAUGAAAGAAAAGAAAAGAUAAGGCUGAGCAAUUGUUAUCCGAAUGUAGUUUUAUUUGCCUAUGAAACAUGCGAAGCAGUGUAUUAUUCAUCAUAAAUUGCAGAAAUGUUGUCCUUGGAGUAAAUAAUUCAAUGUUCUUUGCUUCUUCAA